CUAAAAUUUACGGUUACUGAGGGCGAUACUGAGUUCUAACCUGUCAUAUACUGAGAAAUAAACUAUUCGCCGCUUGGCAAGAUCUAUAUUUUUCAAGGCGCGAAAGAUACUGUUUCUAGCAUAAGUAGAAUUGAUUAGCAACAAUGGCAGUUGUUAAAUCUCUGAAGAUACGCGGCAUUCGAAGUUUUGGCCCGGAUGAUAGUGAUGAACAGGGGAUAUCUUUUGAAAGUCCUCUAACUUUAAUAUUGGGGCAGAAUGGAUGUGGUAAAACCACUAUCAUAGAAGCUCUGCGUUAUGCCAUCACGUCACAAAUGCCACCGGGAAUGGGACACAACGACUGUUUUGUACAUGACCCUAAAGUAAACAGAACGACUGAAGUUUUGGCGCAAAUAAAGCUUAAGCUCCUAAAUUCCAAAAGCAGGAACAUGGAAGUAACAAGGUCUAUGAAGGUUGUAUUACAAAAGAAGAAGGCUUCCUUCCGGACACUAGACUCCUUGCUGUCCAUUACUGAUGAAAAUGGUAAAACCAAGGAUAUAUCUAAAAGAUGCGCUGAUUUGGAUGCAGUACUUCAUGAUGAACUUGGUGUAUCUAGAGCCAUAUUAAAUGCUGUUAUAUUUUGCCAUCAAGAAGAAUCUGGCUGGCCGCUAGAUGAAGGCAAGAAAGUCAAAGAACGAUUUGAUGAAAUCUUUGAUUCAGACAAAUAUAGUAAUUGUUUUGACAAACUAAAAAAGAUCAGAAAGGGAUAUGCUGUAGAAAUUGAUAAACUUGAAGAUAGAGUUAGUCAUCUUGAAGAACUAAAGAAAGAUUUAGAGAACAAGAAAAUGGAUGUCAUUAAUACUGAAACAAAGAUAUCAGAAACUGAAAUUAAACUGUGUGAAAUUAAGAAGGAUCUGAAACCUGUUGAAGAUAAACUAAUGAAGAUAAAAACAUUGGAAAGUGAACUCACAACAUAUGAUUUAAAACUAGAGAAAUUAAAAGUAAGAUUAGAACAAGGACAAUUACGAGAACAAGAAUUAAAGAAAGAAAUUAAAAAUAUUUUCGAAGGUUCUUUGCCGGAACUGAAGGAAAAGAUUCGUAACUAUGAGAGUACAGUAAAGGCCAAACAAAAGGAGCUUGAGGAGUCAUGCACCAAAAUAUCUUAUUUCAAUACAGAAGAAGAAACUGUUGCAAAUGAAAAAGAUGCCUUCAAACUGAAACUUGAAAAGUUUGCUUUGUUGGAGAGUCAGAAUGAAAAGAAAAUUGUGGAAAGGAAUAAGAUGAUUGUGGAUGUCGCUAAAUUAGCCGGAGUUGAAGAUAUAUCUACAGUUGCCUCCCAGAAAGAAGCUGAGGUAGCAAUGAGUGCAGUAACAAAAACAAUAAAAAAUCUGGAACAAGAACGCAGUGAGCUCAAGGCAUUAGCUGACAAAGAAGAGAUACAGAAACAACAGUUAAUUGACGAAAGCCGCGUAGCUCUCUCUCGUCAUAAUCAACAAAUAUCCAGCAAAGAAGCUGAUGUGGUCAAAAAUAAAAGGGAAGUUGUAAAAUUGGAGAAGGAAAUUGUUGCAGCCAAUGAGUCGAAAGUUCGAUUGGAAGCUGCAGAAAAAAAAUACAAAGUGGCAGAAGAGGAAUUGGAAAAAGCUGAGAAGGAAUUAAACACUGAGGAAUGUCAACACCAAAUUAACGAAGAAGAAAAAGUUCUAGAAAAACACGAACAUGAACUGGAUGAGAUCGACAAAAAGAUUGCUAAGUUACAAAAACAGAGUACUAAAUUAAAGGAGCGUGAGGUAAAAGAAGAAAUGCUUAAACAGAAGGAAAAACAGUUUACAUUAUUAAAAAACAAGCAUAGAUCGACACUGACUGAACUCUUAGGAAACAUGCCUGAAAAAGAUUACGCUCUUUCUCUUAACAAACUAGAAGUUGCGUUAAAUUCGGAAGUGAAUACGUUAAAACAAGACCUAAAUGACAAGAAGACUUCUGUAACAAAGCUUGAAGAGGAACGAAAGCAUGUUCGUAGUACGUUAAUGGAACGCAGCAAACAACAAGAGAAAGAUGAAGAAAAGUUGUACGAGGCUUGUGGCACGCAAUCUUAUGAAAACACUCUAGCUAAGAUCAACACAACUGUGGAAAAACUACAAGAUGAUCGUAAUGUUCUACAGUCAUCAAUGUUCGUCAUCAAGAAAUACGAAUCACAACUUAAAUCGAAUAGUUGUUGUCCCUUAUGUAACCGUGGAUUUGAUAGUGAAACUGAGGUUUCAGAUUUAAUAAGCCAACUCAAUACAAAAGUCAUGAAUGUGCCUAGUCAACUAGAGAAAGUAUCUGAACAGCUUCAAAGAGAGUCAGCAAAGAAAGAGGACCUGCUAAGUAUGAAAUCAUUGAAUGAAAAAAUUAAAACCUUCAAGGAAAAUGAGAAACCACAAUUGGAAAAGCGCCUUGUUGAUGUUGAAACGAAAAUCAAUAAACUCACAGAAGAAAUUGAUGGACUAUCAAUGUCUUUAUUAGAACCUGAACAAAAACUGUUAACAGUAAAGCAAAUACAAGGAGACAUGCCUCUAUUAGACAGAUACAACCAAGAAGUUAGAACAUUAACCAAAGAGUUCGAAACAAUCAAAGAACAGUGUUCAGAGGUAGAGUCAGACAUCACUUUGGAUGAAGCUUCCACUCGGCAAGCUGAUCUCAAACAAAAAAUAUCAACAUUAAGAGCAAAAAUCAAGGAAGCUCAGAAAAAACUCAAUGUGCACAAUAAGAAGGUACAAGAUCUAAGUACAAAGAAGAACACACUCAAAGAAGAGUGUCUUAAUCUACAGAAAAAGGUUCAAGAAAUUUACAACCUUCAAGAGACAAAGAAACAGUUGGAAUCAGACAGGGAGAAGUUAAUUGAGGAAAUUAAUGAGUUGAAAGUUGGUAUUGCACCACUCGAAGAGGCUCUUAAAGAGAAAGUGCAGGCCAAAGCAGAGGUUGUAAAAAAUAAUAGGGCUAGUAUAGAAAUAAAAAAUAAUGAAAUUAUGAAAGUAUCGAUCGCGUUCGACAAAGUUAAGUCAAUCAAUCACGAAAUCAAACAACAUAUUGAUAAAAACAUUCCACUUGAGAAAACUAAAAAGGAAGAGGCAAUAAAGGAAUGUGAGGAGAAACUUAAACAAAUACAGAGCGACAGACAGGCGACGUCGAAGAGAAUCGAAUGUUUGAAAGAUGAGAUUAGUAAGGAAAAGAUUUAUAAACGCGAAUUGGACGACACUGUCAGACUAAGAGAAGUACAAAAGAAUAUAGCUGAUUUUAAGAAAGAAGAAGCGGUAAUAAAUGAAAAAUUAAGUACACUUAACAGAGAUGAUCUGAGUGAGAAGGAUUCGUUGCUGGUGAAGCACAGGAAACUUUCCAAUGAGAAAGCUAAAACCGAUGGUAUAUUAGAUGAACUACACGAAAUUUUGAAGAAAUACAAAAUGGAUCUGAAGACUGCUCUUGGUAAAGAUACAGAAAAAAAAUAUAAAGAAAAGUACUAUGAGCUGCAAGUCACAAAAAUGUUAGACAAGGACGUAAAAGACUACUCUGUUGCAUUAGAGAAAUGUCUUAUGGAGUAUCACAAAAAGAAAAUGGAAAGCAUUAACCUUAUCAUAAAGGAACUUUGGAGUAAAAUCUACAGUGGUAACGACAUAGAUUAUAUAGCUAUUAAGGCUGAAGGCAGCAUGAGUAUGGAAUCAGAAAGGAGGAAAUAUGAAUACAGAGUUGUCCAAUGUAAAAAUGGAAUUGAAAUUGACAUGCGGGGAAGGUGCAGUGCAGGUCAGAAAGUUCUAGCUUGUCUCAUAAUAAGACUGGCUCUGGCAGAAACGUUUAGUUCCAGGUUUGGUGUCCUGGCUUUAGAUGAGCCAACAACAAAUUUAGAUCAAGACAACAUUAAAAGUCUAUGUAUGGCUCUCGGUGAAAUCGUACAAGAACGAAUGAUGCAGAAAAACUUCAUGUUCAUUAUAAUUACACACGAUAGAGAAUUUAUUGAGUCACUAGGUCAGAUUGAUAAGGUCACGCAUUUCUUUGAGGUAUCUCGGAAUGAUGAAGGCAAAUCUAGGGUUAAGCGAGUUAAGUUUUGUUAAUAAAUAUUUGUUAUUACUUACGAUAAUAUAAUUAACCAUUCCUUUUUGCCACUCCACUUUAUUGUUCUUGUUAGUUAGUUACGUAGUUGUUAAGAAGGCCACGCCUUAAUUUCUUUUAUACAGUGUAAUCACUUUUUUUAUAAAAAUAAACAUUUUUAUAAUUUUGUAA